AUUUAAUUAUUUUCCAAAGUUGUCUUCUGUCGUCUCGCCUCUGGUAUUUUUUCCUGAUCGUCAUAGUUUUCUGCGUUGAUUUGUUUCUAUUUUAUCAAACAGUAGAUACACUAAAAUGGCUUUCCUCGUUCCAAAUUUACGCAAGUGCAUUAGCUUGGUGAAUAUUAAUAGCUCAGGAGUGAUUCAAACUGCAUCCUACCAUGCAAACGUUAUUGACCAUUACGAAAAUCCUCGUAAUGUCGGUUCCAUGGACAAGAAAGACAAAAAUGUGGGAACAGGCUUAGUCGGUGCUCCUGCAUGUGGUGAUGUCAUGAAACUACAGAUCAAAGUUGAUGAGAACGGCAAGAUUAUAGAUGCAAAAUUCAAGACUUUUGGCUGUGGAUCAGCAAUUGCUUCUAGUUCUCUAGCUACUGAAUGGGUAAAAGGCAAGACAGUUGACGAAGCAUUAAAAUUGAAGAACACUGACAUAGCAAAAGAACUGUCUUUGCCACCAGUCAAGCUACAUUGCUCAAUGCUUGCAGAAGAUGCAAUAAAAGCAGCUCUGUCAGACUAUAGGAUCAAGCAACAGUCAGGCAAGAAAGAAUAAAUAAUAUAUGUAUGGUGGUAAUGUGACUGGAACAGAUCUGUGAUGGCAUUAAAUGAAAAGUGUAGUAUAGGAGUAGCUGCUAAGUGGAGAUUAUGCACACAACAUACUGAAAAAUUAUAAACAUCAAUACACCUUAUUGUGCACAAUGAUAGAUUGUGUUUGUUAACUUCAAUUUGUAUUAGAUUGUAAAUUGUUUUGUUUUAUUAAAUUUUAUGCUUU